CGUUCGCGCGCGCCUGCGCAUUGCCCCGGAAGCAAGAUGGCGGCCCCCAGCGGAGGCUUCUGGGCUGCUGUGGUCCUGGCGGCCGCGGCGCUCAAGUUGGCGGCCGCUGUGUCCGAGCCCACCACCGUGCCAUUUGACGUGAGGCCCGGAGGUGUGGUGCACUCCUUCUCCCAGGACGUAGGACCCGGGGGCAAGUUUACAUGCACGUUCACCUACGCUUCCCAAGGAGGGACCAACGAGCAAUGGCAGAUGAGCCUGGGGACAAGUGAAGACAGCCAGCACUUUACCUGUACCAUCUGGAGGCCCCAGGGGAAAUCCUACCUCUACUUCACACAGUUCAAGGCUGAGUUGCGAGGUGCUGAGAUCGAGUAUGCCAUGGCCUACUCUAAAGCCGCAUUUGAGAGAGAAAGUGAUGUCCCCCUGAAAAGUGAGGAGUUUGAAGUGACCAAGACAGCAGUCUCUCACAGGCCUGGGGCCUUCAAAGCUGAGCUCUCCAAGCUGGUGAUCGUAGCCAAGGCGGCACACUCGGAGCUGUGACCUUCGCCUGUCAGGGGCCGCCAUGUCCUCUUUCCUCAGGCACACUGGCCGGACUACUUGUCUAGGGCACUGGUUCCUGUAGGAGCUGGUGUUGCCCUGCGCAGGUCACACUGUCAUUCCAUACAGUUCUCUGAACCAGGGAAGGUGCAGGACAUGUGUGGGGUGGGAUGGAAGGACUUUCUGGUGUUCCUAAAGUUGAGAUGUGGUGUGGUUUCCCCUCUGCGCCACAGACGAGUGUCCCCAUCCCCGGACCACUUUCUAACUCCAUCCAGGGCGUCUCACUCAGAGGAUGGGAAAGGGCAGAACAAAUAAAUAAAUAAGUAACCGCCUUA